UCGGCGGCGUGGCCGACGUCGGAAACCGAAGUGAGAAGAAGUUUAAAACUAAAAACCCAACUCGGUUCUGGACGCAGUUUAAGAGCGUAUGUUAAUUAUAAAGAUGAAUAUGUAAAUUGCUUCGGGUGGAGUUUCUUUAAAUAACCUAAGCGCGUUGGUAAAUCGCUAAACUAGCUGGUUCUGGUUUACUCGCGACGUGUCCGACCUGAUAAAAUAAAUUCUGCUAAAUUUAUCCAUAACGUCGUUUAGAGUGAAACUGAAUGUGAUUAGAGUUUGAUUAGGAGUUUGACAGGUGGCGUGUUCACGUUCCGGUUCGAGCCCUCCAUCACACCUGUAUGUGCUUGUUGAACAUCUCAUUCCAGAUGUAGUCUGUCUCUACCAUUAGAAUGCGCUCCGCUCUUCCGGGAAGGCUUUCCGAUAGAUUUUAGGGCGUGGCUUUGGGGAUUUGUGUUCGUUCAGCUAUGAGAGCGUUAGCGAGGUUGAGGUCGGGCGCUGAUGCUGGGAUGGUGAGAAGACUCCAGUUCAUCCUAGUGUCUAGUGUAUGAAUGUUAGAAGGGUAGUAUCGUGUACAUUUUUUAUUUUUUUUUUUACUAACUGGAAGUAUAAUCCGUUUCCCAGGCGAUGGCACGUCAUGACGUCAAAAACACGUGUCGUGACGCUGCUAGCGUUAGCAGAAUGCCCAGAGACGACAAACCGGACAACAAAACCAGCACCCGGUAGCCCCUCCCCUCUUCCGCUUCAUCAUCAAAGCUGCGACCGUUGACUGCGUGAAGCGUCUCAAGAUGUGGGGACCGUAGUAUAAGCGGAAUAAUUGACUCCGGAAUGUUGAAUGAUUAGAAAAUAACGCACGUGUGUGUAAAUUUCCUAAUAAUUCAACGUUCCGGAGUCAAUUUAUUCCUUAAAUGGCGUAAAACAGUGCACGAGUAUGCGAUUUGGGACGGAGCUCGGUGUGUGUACGGCGGUACCAUCACGCCGGAACAGGUUUUGGGCCUGUUAGUUAGUUCCAGUGAAGGGGAACCAUACAGUACGGACGUCCUGUACAAACCGUGCGCUUCAGGCGUUGUUGGAAACGCGUCUGAUCUCUGAGCAGAAGAUAUAUCGUCUGGUAUAACUUAUUAAACGUCUCCGCGUAUCGUGCAACAACACUGGGAUUACCGCGAUGCCGAAAUGUUCAAAAGUACCGCUGCGGAGCGUCGCACAUACGCGUUUCCACCUUAAACGGAGAGUCUUUGUGGCGCGCGCGCGAGCGAGAUCUCUUCCGUUCCACCUUAAGCGCACGAUGCGAGCCAACGCACGCGUACAGUAGCCGUAGCUAAUGUUUCCGUUCUUCUCCAACACACACACACACACACACUCGGUCUGUCUGUCUGUCUGUGCGCGUGUGUGCUUUCUGCAGGAUUCAAUAAUCAGCUCGUCAACAAAUUAGUUAAAUAAAUAAAGUUUGUUGUUUGUUUUGGGGUGGAUCAUGUCGGAGCCGAGGUACCGCGAGUGGAUCCUGGACACGAUCGACUCGCUGAGGUCGAGAAAAGCGCGACCGGACCUGGAGCGGAUCUGCCGGAUGGUCCGCAGGAGACACGGAUCAGAGCCGGACAGGACGUGCUUGGAGCUGGAGAAACUCAUCCAGGAGCACGCGGUGCUCAAAGUGAAUUACAAGGGCUCGGUGUCGUAUCGCAACGCGGCCAAAGUGCAGCGCGGCAGGCGGAGGAGCGAGCAGGCGGCCGGCAAGAAGUCCUCCUCCUCCUCAUCUUCAUCCUCUUCUUCAUCCUCUUCUUCUUGCUCCUCCGCCGCCUGUAACGUCAAGCGAGCUUCUCCGGCGGAGCUGAACAACAGCGACAGCGCGCAGGGUCCCGCCGACGACGACCCGAUGGAGGACAUGGAAGACGAGCUGUCCACCACGGCCGGCAUGGACAGCAGCAUGGACGAGGAGGAGGAGGCCAGUCUGGACGCUCCCUGCAUGCAGAUACAGAGCUCUGCCGACUCGGGUAUCAGCCUGAGUCCUGUCAUUACCGACGCCGAGGCAGAGGUGACCAGAGGCUCGGCCACGCCCUCCAAGAGCGGCUCUUCGUGCCACAGCACCCCGGAGAAGGACCGCGCCGCCGCUCGAGUUUCCCCUGAACGCACACAGACUGCGGCUCAGCGAGACAUAGGCUCCCUGGAGCUGGAAGCGGCGCUGCAGCUGGCAGCCAUCUGUCCCUCGGCCCAGAGGAGCGCGCUGACGCAGGAGGAGGAGCCGAGAGCCGGCGAGAGCGCGCUCACUCCUGAUCAGCUGCUGUCCGACCGCACGGGCUCGCCGCACCAGGACGAGGCGGUGGGAUCAGACCACCUCGAGGAGGGUGAGAAGCGCAACAACGUGGAUGAUGUCGCUCACUUGCAAGGAACAGAAACGGCCAAGAACGGAGGGAUGAAGAAAAGAGGGUUGUUUAAAGCCGAGGAGAUGGCACAGGACCUGUUACAGUGGAGCGUGGCGGACGUGGUGAGCUACUUCAGCGCCGUGGGGUUUCCUGAGCAGGCUGUGGCUUUCAGGACGCAGGAAAUCGACGGGAAGUCCCUCCUCUUGAUGCAGCGCAGCGACGUGCUGACAGGUCUGUCGAUCAGACUCGGCCCCGCCCUGAAGAUAUACGAGCAUCACGUGAAGGUUCUGCAGAGGAGCCACUUUCAGGAGCACUGCGACGUUUUCUCUUAACCUCGUACCGCUCGAAAGACUGACGCGGAGCCGAGCGAGGCCGCGGACACGGGGAGAGAAAGGACUCGACGCGCUCAGCGUUUUUCCUCCCGCCUCCGCCCGGAUUUCACUUCUCGUCCUCUUCCUCUCGUCACGCUCCUGGUCCAGUUGGCAGGAUUAACGAACACCACUGGGGGGGGCGGGAGAUCCCCUAUCAGAUCUCUCCGGCGGAGGGAAGGACAGCGUUUCGUUCAUCAGUAUUGCGUUGUUAAUGUUUUUUUUUUUGUUUUCCUUUUCUUAUGAUUUACACUAUGAUCUCAGUAAUAUAUAUUUUUUGUUUGCGAUUAUUAUAUAUUGACAUUUCCUCAUUAAUUUUAAUAUGUAAAGCAGCCAGGUAUAGAGAUGUUAAUGUGGAUAUGUAAAAUUAGGAAAUAAAUUCCAAUUUCAGAAAUCUA